AUGUUCUCCCUCAAGUCCAGCUUCAUCGCCCUGCUUCCUCUCCUGGGCAGUCUCUCCUCUCUCACAUCGGCCAGUCCCAUCGACGCCCGUCAGUCCUCCGGCGUAUCGGUGACCUUCAUCGGUGCCGCCGACGCCCAAUACACCCUGGAGAUCCCAGCCAACUCCGUCUUCACACCGACCAACAACGCUCUCUCCAUCUCUCACAUACAGACCUCGGCAGGCGGACCGUGUGCCUUUUUCGGCGUCGACGGCGCCGUCUUCGUCGCACCUCCGUCCGGCGGUUACGGCGACGUCGGUCCCCCACAGACCAUUGCCGGUGGCAUAUGCGGUCCUUUUCCCGGUCAUCAAUACGGGAUGUGGUAG